UGUAAUACUUCGUGAUGUAUACAAAUAAACACCUGUAAAUUCAAAAAGUGCUUUGUUUAUUGCGUUUAUUAUUAAAAGUCACAAUGUCUGACUCUGAUGAUGAAAGUUCGGGCAGUAGCGAUGAUUUCCUCGUUCCUGCUGAUAAGAUUAAUCUAAGUUCUAGUUUCUUUGAUGAGAAAUUGAAUUCUCAUUCUAACCUAAAAACCGCACCAAAUACUGGUCAUUCUUCGGAAUCUGACGAAGAUGACGCCGAGAAUGUCAACGUUGAAGAUAUUGAUAAUACUCAAGCAGCCGAGCUUUUUUCUCAAAUUUUGAAAAAUCUUCAGAGACAAAAAGGUCUUGAAAAUCUUAGACAGGAACAGUCAAUUGCAAAGCAUGGUACAAAGGAUGUCGCUCAAGGUGAGUCCUCGAAAAGUCGAGGUCUCGCUAAUGAAAUUGACCAACUUCUACUUCAAGGUGAAAGUGAAAUGGCUUCAACCAGUUUCGAAAAUAACGGCGAACAUGAAAAGAAAGAAGAAUCGAAACUGGAAAUCUCUAAAUACGAAAUUCCUAAAGAAGGAGUCCAAAUAACUCUCGCAGGCGAAACAAAACGAAUGAUUCUUGAAAGAAAGAAAAAGAAAACAGACCUCGAAACUCUCCUAAAGAACAAGUUAAACCAGCGAAUAAGAACAACUCAAGUGCUGGUCCACAAAGUUGGAUUACUUUGGUGGCUCGUCUACGGUUUUCACCUCAAUAGACUUGCCAACGAUCCUGAAGUUCUCGCCACCUGUUUGUCGCUCAUAUCAAAAAAUGAUUAUCCAAAGGGUCGAGUUGAUCUCGUCUACUUACAAAGAGUUACAGUGUGGUUCAAAAAAACUUUCCCAAUGGAUCCUAAUCGGCGGCAAGUGAUAUUAACGACCGAGUCACUUUUGGAACGAAUCAGAGAGAGAAAAAUUUGCGAUUAUAGAGCGCUAGUUCUUCUUUAUGUUGCUCUUCUGCGUGCGAUUGGCUUGAAUUGUCGACUCGUCGUUUCUCUUUCUCCUCCUCAUCUAAAACCGAAACGAGAACAGCUUUUCCAAGCAAAGAAGGAGGAAGAAGAACUGAAAACGGAAGCUAAGGAAGAAAAGAGCAAAUAUCAAAAGAAAAAGAGUACAGCAAAGAGAAACAGUAAGAAAAAAGAAAAGACAGAAGACCCUUUAAAAGUCAUCGCCCAAAAUAGUCAAGAUGGGAGAAAAAAGGCUCAGAUGGAGGCUCGAAAAAAAGCGGCUUCUAUUUUGAAAAAAGGGAAGUCUGGGGAAAAAUCUGAAUCAGAAAUUAUGGAGGAUAUAAAAUUGAACAGUGAUUCAAAAAGUAAAAGCACUCCUCAAUCUCAAGCCAAACAAUCUUCAAGAGUAGCACCAGAGAAAGGAAAAUCAAACAAAGAGGAAAGCAAAUUGAGAAAAACAAUUUCGAAGCUACCUGUUUGUGAAUCUUUAACGAGCCCAGGGAUCAUCAAUGAAGAAAAUUCCGACGAGGAUAUUGUUUUAAGGAAAUUUACUACGAGAGUUAAAACCGUCCACGUAUUAAAGAAAGACCGAAAAUUGAUUUCUGUGUUGGAUGAAGGGGAGACCGGGGGGGGAAAAAUCACAGCAUUAGAGAAUAAAAAGUUAAACAAACAGGAAAGCGAAGAGAAACUGACAAUCGAGACUAAAUUGAGAAAGAGAGUUGCGAGGCCACCUGUUCACAAACCUUUGACGAUUGCAGAAUUCGACGAUGAAGAUGACUCUGAUGAGGAUUUUGUUUACAGGAAGCCUUCUAAGAGAGCUAAAAACGAAAAAGUAUUUAAAAAAGACCGAAAAUUGAUUUCUGAUUCGGAUGAAUCGGAAACAGGGAAAAAGAAAAAUCCUGAGGAUAUUUGGGUGGAAGUCUACGUAGAAUCUGAGAAAAGCUGGAUCUGCGUGAGCGUUACCAAUGCAAAAAUUCACUGCGUAAACGAAAUUUAUAAAAAAAUUUCCGAUCCAGUACUAUACAUAGUAGCCUACAAUCCAGGUGGAACGGUGAAGGACGUCACACGUAGAUAUUGCCCGAAUUGGUUAACAGUAACAAGGAAGCAGAGAGUUGACGAAAAUUGGUGGAGGGACGCUUUGAAACCAUGGAAAGAAAAAAAGACAUCCAUAUCCGAAGCCGAAGAUAAGAUGCUCCUUCAACGAGAAUUGGAGCAACCUCUGCCGAAAACAGUGAGCGAGUGUAAAGGGCAUCCUCUUUAUGCAUUGGUCAGACAUUUGCUCAAAUUUGAAGCUCUCUAUCCACCUGACGUUGUUCCUUUGGGUUAUUUAAAAAAUGGCGAAGCAAUUUAUUCUCGUUAUUGUGUUCACAUCCUGCGAUCACGAGAAACUUGGGUUAAACAUGCUAGAGUCGUCAAACCCGCUCAAGAAGCUUACAAAGUCGUGAAAUCGAUGCCUAAAUACGAUAAAUUUUCUGGGACAAAAACAAAAGGUUUACCUCUUGAGCUUUUUGGAAAAUGGCAAACGACGCAAUACAUACCACCAGAAGCGAAAGACGGAAUCGUUCCCAGAAACGAGUACGGAAACGUAGACUUGUUUCAAAUGUGUAUGCUUCCUAAGGGAACUGCUUACAUCGAUCUUCCAGGAUUGAGUCGAAUCGCCCGAAAGUUGAAUAUUGACUGCUCACCUGCAGUGGUUGGUUUUAAUUUUGGAGGCAUGGGCGCGGUUCCUGCUUUCCAAGGAUUUGUGGUUUGCACAGAAUUCGAAGAUACUUUGAGGGAAGCCUGGGAAGCGGAACAAAUAGAAGCUUCAAAACGAGCUAGAGAAAAAAGAGAUAAAAGGAUUUACGGAAAUUGGAAGAAGCUCAUACGCGGUUUACUCAUCAGAGAGAGGCUUGCUGCUAGAUAUACUGCACCUGAUGCAGGAUACUCGGAUCAAGAAGAACCCGUUAAACCCGUACUUAGAAAACAAAUCUCCUCUAAAGAAAGGAACAAAAAAAUUGCAAAGGAAUCGGUUGACAAAGACCUUGAAGAAGACGAGAAGCCAGCGAAGAAAGCUAAGGUUACUCAGAUAGGUGCACCACCUAAAAAGGACCCUACCAAAAAGGAUAAAAAAUCAAAGGUUAAAAAAAACAGUGGAGAAGCCGCAACCACUUCAAGUAAAGUGAAACAAGCUUUAACUGCGAAAAAGAGUCACGAGGAAGAAGAUAGUGACGCUGAUUUUGAGCCGAAGAAAACGAAACGAGAGACCAGAUCCCAGAGAAAUAAAAUCUCAUAAUAUGGCAAGGGAAAGAAAACUCUCGAAAUCUUCAGCUGUACAAACCCUUAACGAAAUAAGCAUCCAAUAAGAUUUUCUGAAACAUACUUUCUUUGUCAAGACAUUAGGUCGCCACGCCAAAUUGCCACCGUUUGCGGCGAAAUGCAUAAUGCAUACAAAUAAUGCGAGAGAAAAUGCUGCCCGCUAUAUGUUAAAAGCGUUAGCAGCAAAAUUUGUGUUAUGCGAAUAAAAUUAUACUCAGUUAACAGUCGAAAUUCAUGCUAAUGCAAAUAUGCACAUAAUUGCCGAUGCACAAGUUUUUACAAAUAAAAUAAAAUUUUACAAAUGGUUGAACGCAUGUGCAAAAUGUUAUGAGAGAGGACAUUUAGCUCCAUAUUGUUUCCGUCCACGUAAAAACUAUAGAUACAACAUGCAAUUUUGAAAUUUAAGACACUAAAUGUUAUAUAAUUUUGUAUUCUCCGUAGUUAUAUGUUAUUUUAUAAAUAUAAACUA